AUGCUGCCACCAGUCUCGUAUGCGAUCGGUGUUUGGGAACCGCAACGGUAUUUCUGGCUAUUCAUCAUGUUUUUGCAUUGCCCUCCGAGAAUCUUCUUCCUCAUAUUAUAUCGAAGGGCUUUUCGUAACGCUGCCCCCAAAUCUGCAUGCUAUCGUCGAGUGAUAUAUUUCUACACGAAAACAAUGUGGUCCGAGCUGGUUGGCCUGAUCGCCGUAAGCGUCCUUGACAUCAAAUGCAAUUUCGUAAUUCAUGCGAUCGCCUACGCACUAUGGAUAAUCUCGUUCAACUUCAACAUGCUCUUCAACACCACUCUUCAUCACUACGGAGGCAUUCGAGAAACAUCGCAGAAGUACGAGGUGAUCUGGCGAAUCAAGGUGGUCAUGUUCGUGAGCGGUCUAAUUCUGUCUCUUUCCACAGCCGUCUCCUAUCCGCUCUUCCUUGCCUACUGCAUCAAAGAAGGUUUGUUGGAUACUUUUACGAAGAGUCUACAUCUUAGUAGCUACAAUGAAUCAGGAAUAAUGAGAUUGACCUCUGAAAGCCUAGUUUGGUAA